UUUUGUCCGCUCUCGUUUUCAAUGAUGAAACGUGAUUUGUAUUUAAAACAUUUUCCUUAGCUGUUUUCCUGAUUGCGAUUACUAUUUUGAGUGCAGAUUUUGUCAAACCUAGUUUUGUUUUUGAGUGCAAGUUUUUUCAAACCCAGUUUAGUUUUUACUCGUACAUGGUAAGUCUAAUUUUAAUCAUCUCAUAUAUUAACACCCAAAUAUAUAUAACAAAAGGAUAGUUAAAGGGCUAGAGGUAUAAAUAGAAGUAACACACUAACAGAAGUUUGACGAGCCUAUUAUUUCACAGCCUUACUUUUUCCUCAUAAUGUUUGUUACCAAUAAACGUAGUGAGAAAUAUCCCUCAGGCAUGAGAGCCAUAUCUUCACAUUAUCACCAUCAUCAUUUCAGCCUGGAUUCGUCCGCUGCUGGACAUAGGCCUCCCCAUUGAGCGCCAUAGGGACCGGUUCUGGGCCGCCCUCAUCCAUCGGACUCCGGCGACCCUCACCAGGUCGUCGGUCCAUCUCGUGGGGGGUCUACGUAUGCUACGUCUCCAGGUAAAAAAUGGAAAAUGCCCAAAAGCCGAUUGAAGAAAUAACAGUGAAAAAAGUCGCCAGUCGUCUAGGUCGCGUUCCUCGACGGAGGUUGGAACAUUUGGGCACAUUGGGCCAAACAUUGGAAACAUUGGACAAGCAACACCAAUCUGUAUUAGAUAAAGUUACUUUCGAGAGUGAGAGGUUAAGAAGCAGUCAUAGUGAAGCAUCUUCUAGAAGGAAUAGCGAUGACGGUGGCAGAAGUAGAAAAGAGGCAUUUAGAUCGGUUUACGAUUUUACAGACGGCACCAGUUCAGAGCCGCCGACCGCCAACACAACCAUCCACAACGCGUGGGGCGACCUGAACAGCUCCACCUCCACCACCAGGACAGAGCUGAGUGGGUCUGAUGGGAUUCCUGAUGAUCUGACGUUUCCCCAGCUAAGCGGGACUCGCCGAAGAAGCCAUGAGUCCGCCCUUCCCGGUACUCCACUGCACGACCGGCCCAUGUGGAAGUCCACGGACAGCCUCGCGCCAGAAUCGGCGUUUGGUACAUCCCUGGCUGAUAUUAUGGAGAGUCCGGCUAACAGGAGUGUACCAUUUGCCACGGAUCGGAAAAAGAUCCAUCUUCGAGACGACAUCAAGUCCAUAAGAUCCGACAGCUCUGAGGAACGAAGGCCGCGGCUGGGUUGGAGGUUUGUCAGAAACGUGACGUCAGCGGCGGGUGCCUUCGCUCCCAAGUUCAAGGAGGCAUCUACCGCGCUACCGGGAACCCCCCUGCCUCGUUUUCAGUCCAAACCAGACAGCAAAGGGUCUGAUUAUCCAAGUAAGAAUGACCGGAAACCGUCAAUGCCAAACUACCUCAACGAGAAGGAAGAAAAUGUGGGAGAAACAAGUCCAGAGGGUCUGGAACCAGAAUCGCUGAUGUUUCGCGACGGCAGACGAAGGAUAGACAUGGUGUUGGCCUACGAGGAGGAAGAUUACGGAGUGAUGACUGAGGCUGAAGCUAAGAAGAGGGAACAUAGGAGAACAUUCCAGGACAAUCUAGUCAAAGAAGGUUUGGAGCUCGAAUUAGAGAAUAAAUGCCUGUCGUUCGAUGAGAAGACGUGGUUCCUCAAGAUCCACAUCCCUUGGAAGACUGAAAUGCGGCUGGCGGAAGUGAUAGGCAUGAAGCUGCCAUGCAAGAGGUUUAUAUCCAUAUCCGUAAGGGCAUGGAGCGAUGAAAAGCAAUUAGAAAAAGACAAAAGAUGGUACGCGAAAUGGAAACGGCGGUGGAAAGAACUAUACGAGUAUGAACACAGUAGAAUCGAACCUGAGCCUUCGUUCUACGCCGCCACUGACCAUAGGGGGGUGAAGAGAGAGGAACAGUUUUUAGUCAAAGACCGGCACACACAGUUUUCGCCAGCCCAAAGAAGUUUACUAGUCAUGCAGAUAUUAUAUAGAGCUAAAUAUGACAACAACGAAACUAAGAUGGGUAUCCGUAGGUUGUUAAAUGAUGGCACUUAUUUGGCAUGUUUCCCGCUGCACGAAGGGAGAUACGACGUGGAUUUAUCUGAUGGCACAGUCACGGAUAGGAGGCUUCUGUACUUAGAAUGGGCGCGUCCAUGCAAAUGGUACAAGAAGCAACCACUGUGGCUCGUCCGCCGCUACUUCGGCGAGAAGAUCGGCUUGUACUUCUGCUGGCUGGGCUUCUACACUAAGAUGUUAUACGCACCCGCCAUUGUGGGGACCUUGUGUUUCCUCUACGGGUUAGCUAGUAUGGACUCCAAUGAUAAUAUACCUAGUAAAGAGAUCUGCGAUCCCAAAGGUCCCGGCAACACGACGUUAUGUCCGCUAUGCGACAAGGCGUGUCAGUACCAAACCCUGUCGGACUCCUGCCUCUUCGCGAAGAUUACGUACUUGUUCGACAACCCUGCUACAGUGUUUUUUGCUAUUUUCAUGUCUUUUUGGGCUACUACAUUCCUUGAAUUAUGGAAGCGGAAACAAUGCAUUUUGAGAUGGGAGUGGGACUUAGGCGGUGGCGUCGAUCAGGACGAAGAACCACGCCCAGAGUUCGAAGCGUCAGUGAAGACAUUCCGUACGAACCCAGUGACUCGGGAAAAGGAGCCAUACCUCCCGGCUUGGCAGAAGAACAUGAGAUACGUAGCCACGAGCUCUGCCGUGCUGUUCAUGAUAGCAGUAGUAAUGGGAGCGGUGUUGGGCACAAUCAUCUACAGGAUAUCCAUGGUAUCUGUUAUCUACGGCGGGUCAGGGUUCUUCAUACAGCGGCACGCGAAGAUCUUUACCGCGAUGACAGCUGCUCUCAUCAACUUGGUCAUCAUCAUGAUUUUAACUAGGAUCUACGCCAAAGUAGCAGUGUACUUAACAAACUUGGAAAACCCGAGAACACAGACUGAAUACGAAGAUUCAUACACUUUCAAAAUAUUUUUCUUUGAGUUUAUGAACUUCUACUCUUCGCUCAUAUACAUAGCUUUCUUUAAGGGCCGUUUCUACGACUACCCGGGAGACGACCAGGCACGGAAGUCAGAAUUUUUCAAACUGAAAGGCGAUAUUUGCGACCCUGCAGGCUGUCUAUCAGAGCUGUGUAUACAGCUGGCCAUCAUCAUGAUAGGGAAACAGGUGUUCAACAACUUCCUAGAGCUGGGAUACCCAAAGUUCCACAAUUGGUGGCGUCAGAGAUCACACAGGGCGGUGACCAGGGACCCGAGUAAGCCACACAUGGCGUGGGAGCAGGACUAUCACCUCCAGGACCCUGGACGACUGGCGCUUUUCGACGAGUACUUGGAAAUGAUCCUGCAAUAUGGCUUCGUCACACUCUUCGUAGCGGCGUUCCCGCUGGCUCCCUUGUUCGCGUUGCUAAAUAACAUCGCAGAGAUACGCCUGGACGCGUACAAGAUGGUCACGCAAGCGAGAAGACCGCUGGCGGAGCGAGUUGAAGAUAUCGGAGCUUGGUACGGUAUACUCCGUGGCAUCACAUACGCGGCUGUAGUUUCCAACGCGUUCGUGAUCGCGUACACGAGCGACUUCAUCCCCCGCAUGGUGUAUAAGUACGUGUACUCGCCGGACAACACGCUCGCCGGGUACAUCGACCACUCGCUCUCGUUGUUCAACACGUCAGAUUACCGGGAAGAAUGGGGGGCGGAUGAGAACGAGGUGGACCCCCCGGUGUGCGCGUACCGCGGGUACCGGAACCCCCCGAACGGACCCGACCCUUACGGCCUGUCUCCCCAUUACUGGCACGUGUUCGCCGCGAGACUCGCUUUUGUUGUUGUUUUUGAACACGUUGUCUUCGGCCUGACCGGCCUGAUGCAGCUGUUCAUCCCGGACGUCCCAACGGAACUCCGCACACAAAUACAGAGGGAGACACUCCUCGCUAAGGAGGCUAAGUAUGAACAUGGCAGGCGACGCCUCUCCACCGAGUACCGACAACUGAUCAGCCAGAAGAGCGAGCCCAGUGGAGAGCGCUCGGGCGCGUGGACGCGGCGAACGUCGCGCGUGUCUGACGGUUUGGAUGCACACGUCUCUGUGGCACAACGACCGACGUCCCCAACCAUCACACAAUGACCAAAUAAAUUUGUAUUUAGGGUGUUUUAGUGUCCGUUGCGCCAAGUUUACAAGAAAUACGCAUUUGUACCGUAUUUCUUGUUAAAUUAAUACGCCUAAACAUUGUAAAUUCAUAAAACCACCAAGGAUUUUUGAACAGAUAUUUCAAAACAGCGUUUGCGAUCUAUUUUUGUCGUUAUUUGUAAAUAUUAAAAAUUUUAUGAAUUUUACGUACAAAGAUGUGUUUUUGCAAAUUUUCUUCUAUUUAUUGUUAUUUAUAUAAAUUAUAAAUGUAGACACGUGUACAUAAAUUUAAGUAUAAAAAAUGGCGUGUAAACCAGAGUUUGUGUGUAGUACGUAUAUCGAUUAUGCCGAAUGAGGGUCACUAUAAAAAUUCUAGUUUCAUUGAAUGUUUUUAAAUUAGGUUGAAAUUGUGUUCAAUUAUAAUAUUUUAUUUUAUAAUCUGCAAAACGCAAAAAUCGGUAAUGGGCCUUUGUUUUAUUUACUACAAAAAUAGGGACUUGCGGCAGUCAUAGCUCUGAUUUAUGCAGGACCAUUUAUAAUAUUACGUUAUGACUAUGUUUCGGCCCUAAGAAAAAAAAUAUGAUGCAAAUAUAUUUUUUUUCGGCACAUGAUAUGCUGAAAAUGUUUUGUUUUUGUAAUUCUGAAUGUGACCACGAUAUCAAACUAAAAAUAGAAACCAAUGGGUCCAAUAAAAACGUAAACUUAGAUAGUCAAUAUUAAUGUAAGAGGGGUCUGAAGAGAUUAGGCGUGGAUAUAAGAAAUGUGCGGGCCACAGAGCCUUAACUAAGGCGGGAAAAUCCACAGUGAUUUGAAUCCAAACCCAUAAAUCUAUCUAUAUCAUCUCGCAUGACACAGAAAUCAUACUUCCUUCUCAUCAAAAUUGAAUUUCCGCCUAAAUUGGAACUAGCUAUAAUUCAGACCUUUCUCAUAACUUAUAAACGUACUUAUAACAAUAAUUAAAGCUCUUAUGCAUUUACUUUGUGUACUUCACUAAUAUACUUCAUUUUCCAUUUCUGUAAGUGGGUAAAAUUCACAAACACGAAACAUGUAAGGUUGCCUGAACAAUGUAUACUCAGACAAAAUAAUUAGUCAGUUUGUGAAGUUUGCUCAUAAGGUAAAAGUUACUAUUAUCUUAAAAACUUGAACUAUAAUUUAUUAAAUUGACUAUAAACAUAUUCUAUAAUUUGAAAACUUACAUGUAAGUUUCAUUUCAAUUAGAACAAUAUGGUUUUUGUGUUGCAUCUGUUAUAUACAGUGUCACAAGUUUUGUUCGCGUGCCGAGACUUUUGUAAUAUAACAUUUUGUUCCGGCUGUAAAUCUUGUGAGAGUUUCUAAUGGUCCGUAACAAGAACAUAAAAUAGCGUGGAGACUGAAGUCAGAACUAUAUGUGACUAUGGGUGUAUUUAUUAAUUUAUUUUUAGUCCUAAAGGCAGCUAAUAUUUAUGAAAGUACUUUAAAAUAGAAUAAGUAAAUGUGUAAUAUUUUGUGUUUUAUAGAUGGCGCAGAUGAGUUUUAGAGAAAAUCAACUCUGUAACAAUAAAGCCUGAACCUUAAAUCCAUAUUACGUUUACGGCUAUAGUUAGUGAUCAAACUCUACAUAUACCCAGUAACCACGCAUAACUCUAAUGUCACUCGUAUUUAUAACGAUGCAAGGUUGCAUUUAAAUUGUUGCCGAGUUUACUCUGUAGUGCGGCGCUGCUGCAUAAUAUUGAUAUUCAUAAUUAAUAACUGGACCACUUCAGAUUCGGUUUCUUAUCAAGGUAUACUUACCUAGAAACAUAAAUUGUUACGCAGCAUUGAUGAGGUACAACAGUAUAUUUUUAUACAAACCGAAAAGCCUUAUAAUAUUUGAUAAUCGUAUAAUCGUGAGACGUCAUUAGAAAAUUAUAUGUAAGAUAUGUGUCAUUGUUCUUUUAUAUCGAAAUUUGAUUUACGCGUAACAUCUUAAUCUCUUUAAUUUUGUUUAAAUACUUGACAUAAUAUAAAUAAGUUGAUAAGUGGCAUAUUCAAAAACCUUAUCUUAUAUGGCAAACUCGAUAAAUAUUUUAAGUACCCCAUCUUUUGAAUAAAAUCAUGAAAAAUAUUUGUGGCAAAUAUUAGGCGCAAUGUUGAAUGCAACGCCAUCUAUGUAUAAGAAAUUGUAAUUACGUGUUUUGUUCGUCGAAUUUAGCAAUGUGCGUGUCCAACUUAAAUGUGAUACUAGUUUAUUUCUGUAAUAUAUUCUGACGAAUCUCUAUGUACUGUUUCUUACCUUUUCCGCGCUGGUAUAAUUUUAACCAGCAUUUAUGAUGGUCGAAUUCAUCCAUAAAUCAUUAUUUUUGUUAUAAACUAUAUGGCUAAUUUAAAUGUUCGAAUUAAAUUUGACCAUAAAGCUCACUGCAGACUUUUGGUAAUAAUUGCAAGCAUGAAUUAAAUGGCGACCAAUGAGAGAUGUAUGUGCGACAAUAUAGUUAUAUUAUUCUCGACUUAUUCUUCGACAUCGUAUAUUUUUACUCUGGUAAUAUUCCACCGCGGAAACGGUUGACUUAAAUAAGUUAUCUGGUGUUGAAAUACUCAUUGUACUAUAAUAAAUAUUUAUUUGUUUCAAGA